CGAGGAAGGGAAAACAGCAGUCUUUGCUGUUAUGACACUACAUUUUACUGUCAAAUUCCUUUUCAAAUUUCGUUUCAAGUCGCGAGUAAGCGUAAGUGAAGUGAAGUUAUUUUUUUUUUUAGGAAAGUGGAUCCUCCAUUCCGCCGAUUUUUAAAAGGUUUUUGUAACCCAGAAACCUUAGAAUGGCGAACAACAUCGCUUUUAAAACACAGAUCGCUUCCAUCAUGGAGGUCUUGGCCAACGCGGCAGUAGCAGAAAUUUGCAAGCUUAUCGACGACGAUUAUGCGGUUCUUCGUCUCGAGAUUUCUCACAGUCAUAAUGAAAAUAGGACAUUGAAGAGAAAACUGCAAAUGAUGGAGCUUAAAAUGGCCAGAGAACGCGCAGAAAGAACAAUACGAGAGCGUGCACCGAGCGCUCGCAGUGGAGGAAGAACCUCCGUCAUGGAGCGAAACAGAGGAUGGAGAGGAGGUGGCCAUUUCCCAACCAGAGACAGAUUUAUUAACACUCAAGGGGAAAGUUCUUGGAGAAACAGAAGAUGUUUCGCAGAGGAUCCACCAUCAAAGCCGACAAGUGAAACGGUAGAGCCCACAGUUAUUGAGCUAGAGGACCCAGUGGUGCAAAUUAAGCAGGAGAUCCCUGAGGCUGUCCUACAUGAACCUGACGGCACGUCCUGGAAAAGAAUAGUGGGCCCCGUCUGUGAUGGAAUGGUCUCGCACACUGUAACUGCUGACCCCCUGGCGUCGUCGACUGAGCAACCCGGGAGCAGGCAGACUGUUGUGGAGGCAAUGAAAACAGAUCUUGACCGACCAUUGACUGAGAGGGGGGAACACGAGGAGAGGCGAAUAGAGGCAUCAACAUCUUUUAGCCUCACCGGUUUCAAAGAGUCCGAACUCACAAUUAACAACACAAUGUUUCCUUCAAGCUGCAUAGAGGAGCACAAUGUGCUUCCACCGAUGGAGCACAGUUCUUUCAGUUGUGUGGUUAAAAUGGAAUCUGAAGAGGCCAACUCUGGACCAAGUACCUCUGCGGACCAGUGGUCAGGGACAGUUGGUGUGGAGUGGAACGCUUGUAUGGCAUCUGAGCGGACUGGCGAGCGCGGAAGUACAAGUGACACUUUGGAGUCCUCAGAAUUGUCCAGCACAGUAUCACACAUCACAAUGAAGCAUCGCGGAAUGAGAGAUGUUAAUAGCCUGGGAGUCUACUCAGUGGAACGGGCAACAAACUUCACAAGUGAUGAUGUCUUCCCUUCACCAGAUCUGCACCAGAAUGAGAGGCAGUUCCUUUCUCGAAAUUUGAAGAAGAGGCUUUCUGAGGACCUCCAUUCUUCCAACAAUUCUCAAAUCCCUGUCUCAACACGACAGAGGCCUGGAAAAAGGAGAGAAAGAAAGAAAAAUUUGACUUGCCCAAUUUGUGGUAUAGGAAUUCGUUAUCCAGUUGAAAUGAAGAUCCACCAACGGGUACACACAGGCGAGAAGCCAUACCGCUGCACAGUAUGUCCAGCUCGCUUUGCACAGUCAGGAUGUCUGAAGGUCCAUCUAAGGUGUCACACCGGAGAGAAGCCAUUUGCUUGUCCUCACUGUGGGAAAUGUUUCUCAUUGUCCAGCACCCUGAAAACUCACAUAAGACUUCACACAGGAGAAAAGCCAUUUGGUUGCUCAUACUGUGUCAAAAGCUUUGCGUCAAAGAGAUACCUCCAAAGGCAUCAGAGGAGAGUUCAUACAGGAACCGUGUCUACUGAAACCAACCACUGAAUUGUAGUAAAUGUUAAAUUGUGUAGACGUUUGGAUAUUUUCAAAUAUACACUCGAAAAAAUAAUGUGGCCAGUAACGGUUCUUCAGAGCCAUGCCAUAGAAGAACCUUUUUCACUGCUUCGAAGAAACAUUGAGGCAACAGUUCUUUAAAGAACCAUUUAAUUAAUGGCAUAAUGACAUGCCAUAAUAGGCCUAGCCCAUUAUGAUCUGAGGCUCUGAAGAACCAUUUCCAAUGUGAAGAACAUUUCACCUGAUGUAAUGGUUCAAUGGAGUUUUGACUCUGGAACCAACCAGAGAUAUACAGGACCAUUUCAGCACCUUUAUUUUUUUAAAGUGUAUGCUCCUGUUGGCAGCUUGACAGCAGGGAGAGAACCAUUAGAUAGUACCAUAUGUGCUGAUUGUAAUUGGGAGUGAAUCUUAAUUUGUUUGUUACCAAUGUCCCUAAAUUCUAUUUCAUAUUCAUUGCUGAAUUAGUUAUGUUUCAUGCUCAUGUGUUGUGCUUGUAUAUAUUAUGACAGCUACAGUAUAUGUUAAACUGAAAAUAAAAUUCCUGUGCAGAAGGAGUGUAUUGUAAGGAGUGAAAAUCCAGUGCUUAUUCCUCUUUUAAAAGAUUUUACAUGUGCAAAACCGAUAACAAUUGUGUUUUAAGAUGUGUAUGUACGUCUGAAGGUUUGCAUCCAUUUUGCACCUCUCAUAAUAAAUAGCUAUAUUUGAGCUUAUAGGGCUCAUACUUUUAAAUGUUUAUAGUUGAACUGGUACUGCCACACACUUCCCCCAUUUUGUUAUGGAACUUCGUUUCACUUUGUGAAGGGAGUCUGGCCUCUGGUGAUUGAGAAACAUUUCCUUGUAACUGGCGUAGGCUAUGCAUUAGUCGCCAUCACAUUGAUCAGGGAUUCCUAACAUUACUUCCUACGUUGCCUAACCUUUACAUUAAUUUACACGUUCUUCCAAUUACUUUGUUCUUUUUUUUUGAGAAGUGGCUCCAUUUAUCAUAGCCAGCGAUUUUGAAACUUUAGCGUCAUCCCCUCUCGUCCCCCUUUGGCCCCCACCACGUUAGUGUUGUGGUGUGCCUGACUAGUAUCUCACUGAAAGGAGCUCCUAGAUAGGUAUGGACAGGCUAAUGAAGCUGAAGACCGCAAAGGUCCUAGAGGAGAUUUCAUAUAUGAUCAGAUCAGAACCAGAAAAGAACUGAAAGACUGAAAAGUUUAUAUGGUCAGGAUAAGUUCAUUAGACACUGUAGUUUGACAAACAACU